AUGCUAGCAUUGAGACACACUGUAGAGAAAUUUGGCAAGGAAUAUCCGGAUGUGCAAGAUAUGAUUAUUAACAAUACUUAUGUUGGUGACAUACUGUAUUCUACUGAUACCGUUGAGAAUGCAUUCAAGUUAAUACAGGAUACAGAGAAGAUAUUGUCUCAGGGAAGUUUCAGAGUUAAACAUUGGAUUGUCAAUGGGCAUUAUGAAAGCUGCAAGGUCAAUGUGAUAAAAUCUGAUCAUGAGAUCUUAGGAUUGAAAUGGAACCCGUUGGAUGAUCAUUUUUUCUUCACAGUAAAACCAAAUUUUUCUUCAAGAAUAAGAAAGAUCAGAAGUGGUCCAAAUUUAAAUUCAGAUGAAAUUGAUGAUAAAUUUCCAGAACAUUUGACACGCAGAAUGAUAUUGAGUCAAAUUGCAUCCAUAUAUGAUCCAUUAGGGUUUGCUGUACCAGUAUUGCUCAAAGCAAAAAUUUUGAUGAGACUCGUGAUUUCCCAAGGUGAGUCGAAAGAUGGCGGAAUCAAGUGGGAUGAUCCACUUGAUAUUUCCACGGUUAAGGAAUCGAAGAUGUUUUUCAAGGAAUUGUAUGAGUUAGAGAAACUGACUUUUAGAAGAUCCUUGAUACCAUCUAAUGUUGUUGGUAAACCAAGCCUAAUAAUAUUUUUGGAUGGUAGCAUGCAAGCAUAUGGAGCUUGUGCAUAUGUGAGGUGGCAAACUGGUGAAGAUGAAUUUGAUUCACAUCUGAUAGCAGCUAGAAAAAAGAUUACACCAAUGAAGCAAAUGUCCAUUCCUAGGUUAGAACUAUGUGCGGCUCUUAUGGCUACUAGAUUAAGAGAAUCUAUAUUAAAGGAGUUUACAUGGAAGUUUGAGGCAAUUUACCACAUAGUUGACUCUUCAAUUGUAAGAUCACAAAUCCAAAAGGAGAGUCACGGAUUCAAUACCUUUGUUGCAGUACGCAUAGCAGAGAUACAAAUCAAAACUGACCUAAAGGAAUGGUGGUAUAGUGACUAUUACAAAUUGCUGAGAGUUACAUGUAGGGUAAUGAAUGUAUUCAAAUACAGGUCUUUCAAAGGUAUUCUAAGAAGCCCCACAGUUCAAGGGAUGCAGAAAUAUUAUGGGUCAAAGAAAUGCAGAAGAGCAUGA